UGACGACAUGAACCCGGAGCAACCUUGAGAAACCGGCUACUCCUUCACCAAACAACCUUAAGCCCAAGAUGAUUCAAAACGAUCCGCAGUGCUCAGCACUUGCCACAAUUUUCGUUCGACUACUACUUGUCGCCAUCGACACAGUCACAGAACUCGACACAGUCAUCCUAUGGCCGUUCUGGAAUGCGGUCACCAUUUUCAUUGAUCACAAGUUCGAAACGAUCACCAGCUUCUCUUUCCCUUCCAGGGUCGCUUAUUGACCAACCAAUCCAUAGACUUAAGAGCUGGGUUGCCUCUCCGGAAAGCACCAUUCAUCGCCUCUUGAAAAAAUGAAUUCCAACAACCACGCAAAUCGUUCCGCGCUUGCCGCGCUGCUUGUCACCUUGCUUCUUGCUCUCAAUCAAAUCAUCAUCGACACAACCAUCAACGGAAUCAUCGUCAUCGACUCCUUCCUUUCUCCUCUUUGGAUAUCCUCUAUCAUCGUCAUCGACAGAAUAUUUACCGCCACAAAACUGUUCACCUCAGGCCUUGGUCCCGCCUUCCAACUCUCUAACGCCAUCGGCAAAACGCUUCAGUGGAUGGCCAAGCAAGUAUCACCAACAACAACGGUAUCAGAAAAGGAAAGCAAAAUCGCCAAAGAGAGCCUCGAGUUCCUCGAAAGCAGAAUCGAAUACUUAACAACGUUUCCGAUGCCCCCUCUUCAACUCCUUUCUGACAUCAUGCAACAGUCUCCCACUUUCAAGCACUUCACCGAUAGCAAAAGUGUCAUUCUUUGACAUCAUGCUCAGCAUCCCCCAAACGCGGGAACCCGGGCUAGAGGUACCGGUACCUUCAACAACCCAAAUGUGGCAAUUCUGGAUGUGGCUGCCCGCUAUUGUGGAGUGAUAUAUGCUCGGUGUUGUGCGACUUCUGGCGAGAGCCGAUAAACUCUAUAAGGAUUGGAUCGGAGACAUGUCUGAUCUGCCAG